AUGCUCCAACUAUCAGCCAAAGUGGUGGCCACCAUCGCCGCAAGAUACCAAAAAGAUAUCAAUGAUCUCAUGAACUCUCAAGGUCUGCUGAAUCCCAUGUUGGAGUUGCUCACCCUCACAAAAAUCCAGACAGAUUUGCCUCUACUAUUGAAUGCUCUCAAUAAUCAUAAGAACAGCAAGGUCUACUAUGAUGCACAAUCCCAAUUACUUGAGCUCUCCAAUCAAGUUGACGAGCUCUUCUAUACCACUGUGAAGAAAGCUGACGACUUCAGCCUGCGCUACGUGACUGAGGACCUGGAAAUCGAGGUGAUUGAAGAAGCAUCUCCACAACCACCAACCAAGGAAGAAGAUUUGGCCUCGUUGAGAAAUCGUCUUCUCAAAGACGGGACAUCAACUUCGCUAGAUAAUGCAUCCACUGACCAAAUGAACGACUACCACGAAACAUUCCAGGAGGAUUUGUUAAGUGAUUUAGGAGAAUUGGCUUCUGCUUUGAAGACCUCUGCAGCAACGUUAUCGUCCAAGAUCCUAGACGACUCCAAAUUGGUUUCCACAGCAGGCGAGAACUUAGAAAAGAAUCUGACUCUCAUGCUGUCUGUGGGUACGAACUUGAACGGUUACUUGAAUGAGAAGUCUGGUGGAAAGAUCAGCUUGUUCUUCCUCAUCAAGACUAUGGCAUUCAUCUUUAUCUUGACCUUCUUCAUGAUUGUGCUCAUCAAGAUUCUACCAAAAAUGUAA